AACCGGUUUGACAACCUUGCCGUCUCUCAAUCUCAACGUUUGUCGUCUGCACGGAGAUCCUCCUCCUUCCUCAAAACCUAAAGAAACGUUAGGGUUUCCCCUCUGCAUCGAUCGGCGGCCCUAGAAAUGGAUCUGGAAGUUGUUGGCCGCCACGCGCUGCUCUUCGACGACGAUGCCAUGGCGGAGUUCACCAACUCCGCAAAUGCCCUCGUCGAAUGGAACUCUCUCUCAAUCGACCGCUACGACGUCCGUCAUCUCCUUACCGGCCCUCUUCCGCCGCGUGCUCGUCGGCGACACCACCAGGACGAUGCUCUUGAAUCGGAGCUAGAUCGCGAGCGCUACCAGGAUUUGCUGUCGAUUCCCGAUGAGCAAGCUGAACAAUGGGAAUGCAGCCUAUGAUAUGUGUGAAUGCUAUAUGUUUUGGGUUACUCCAAGUUUGCAGGAUCGAAUUUAGUUUGCUAAAGUUUCUUCUUUCAGAGGUACAAGUAAGAAUUUCUUUUACUUUUCCCUAGAAGUAUGUUCGUUUCUUGUGAUUUAGUUCUUAGGCGCUUUUCCCAUUGUAUACAGAAUGAUUUGAUGGGAUCCUCUCCUCAUGUGACUCUUAAACCUUCUUGUUUCUUUUGUUGCAGACUUGGAAAACGAGGCAGAACUGCCCAACAAUGGUGGCUAUCAUUCAGUAGCAUUUUCAUAUGGGGAGACCCAUUCAUCUGACGACCACAAUAAUGUGGAUGCUGAAUGUGGUUUUCGUCCACCAUUCUCAGUGCCUGAACACAUGGUUCAGAAGCUGAUGCUCGGAGCAGGAAUUGGACUUCUUCAAGGUUGUCACUCACAGGCUCCUUGUCUUCUUUUGAUGUCUUGACUCUUGACAAGGGGCCCUAAAGCCACCUACCGAAAAGGUGCAUCAGAUCAUUGCAAGGACUGCCUUGUUUGUGCACACUCAUGGGGGCCAGUCAGAAAUUGUUUUGAGGGUGAAACAAGGGGACAAUCCAACAUUUGGAUUCCUGAUGCCUGACCAUGAUCUUCAUCCAUACUUUAGGUUCCUUGUUGAUCAUCAAGACCUUAUGAAGUCUGACAUCAACAGCAAGUCUGUGGAAGAAGAGAAUAGUUGUAGGAGCAGCCUUGAAGAGACUGGUGGGGCUUUGUCUUUGCUUGGCUCAUUAUACGGAUCAGCAGAGGAUGAAGAAGGUGUUUCUGAGAAUGCAUUAUCACUUAAGAAAAAUGACCUCGAGGAGGCUGUUGAUCCAGAUAAAACCACAGUUUCCACAAGAUUGCAAGAACUUGAUUCUUCUAUACUUGCUGCUGCAAGAGAUGAGAAGUCUGUCAAGCAUCAUAUUCCUUCUUUGAAAGAUGCACCUAAGGUCAUAAGAAGAAACCAUAGCAUUAGCACAGUGAAGGCAGGAACCAUUCAUGGGUUGAAGAAAGAAGGUAGUUCAUCAGGCUGUGUUCCCUCCACUGUUGACCAAGUGCAGAAUUCUAGUUCAAGCAAGCUCUGUAAGCCUGAACUACCUAUCGUGGAGCCUCCAUCCGAUAUGAAGAGAGUAGUUGAUAAGAUAGUUGAGUUCAUUCUCCGAAAUGGGAAAGAAUUUGAAGCAGUUCUUGUCCAGCAGGAUGCUAAACAUGGGAGAUUUCCCUUCCUUUCGCCAUCAAAUCAGUAUCACCUAUAUUACCUAAAGGCUCUUCAGAAGGCUCAAGAGCCAAAAUUAGCUGGCAAAAGCUGCAAUUCGGAGAAGAAUGGUGUCGGGGAAGAAAGUGAAUCUCUGUCUUUACCCUCGGACAUACCAUAUGAUUCGGAUAAGAAGGAAAAGUUCAAGAUGGUUAUUGGAAAGUCCAAGAGGGAAGGACAACCUGAUGCAAAUACAUCAGCUGCCUCUCAGGCACAACCUGCUGGAGUGAGUAUGGAUGCAGCCACAACAGCUGCUAUUCUUCAGGCCGCCAGAAAAGGCAUGACGUAUCCUAACCUGGAUAUCUUUUCGAAGAAUUCACAGAACUGUGUUAGUCAAGGCCGCAGCAGUGGAGAUGGUGGUGAGCCCGGUAGUUUCAAUAGCUCUCGGCCUCAUUCGUCCACUCAAAAGAUGGUUCCUCUAGCGAAGGCCAUUGCCAAGACUGCGGCUAUUGCUGCAGCAGACGAGGCUGAUUCCUCUGAAGUUGGCCUGACGAGAGAGCAAAAGCUAAAGGCUGAAAGGCUGAAGCGAGCGAAGCUGUUUGCUGCAAUGAUAAAAGGUGGAGCUGCUGCUCCCUUGAAAAAUGAACCACUGCACCGUGUUCCAUCUUUAGAACCACCUGAUUCUGGUUUGUCAAGGUCAGGAGGAGCCUCGGAUGCUAAUAAUGUUGUGGAUGAUAGAGAAAGGGAUGGGAGUUUAGCUCCAAUGCAUGCUGAUAGUUCUGAGAAAAUUGAAAAGAUGGAGAAUACAAAACAACAUGCAGAUGCAUUGAUGGAUCGGAGGUCUAAGAGGAGUUACCGUCCCAGAUCUGGAAAGGAUGAAGAAGGGGAGGAAGAAAUGAAGGAAGACGGGGAAGAACAUAAACAUUCCAGGAAGAAGAGGCGUUCCAAUGGUUCAUCACAUCAUCAUAGCAGGGACACUGGGAAGCACAAGAGAAGGCGUUCAUCUCAUCCUACUCGUGCAAACUCUUCGGAUGAUGAAGAUGGGCACUCUCGACACAAGCAUAAGGAAAGUUUAUCUUCUGAAGAUGAGCAUGAUCAAAAGCGUAGGCACUCUGAUCGUAGAAGGCACAAACACAAUGCUUCGUCAGAUGAUGAGCGGAAGCACCCUCGACAUCAUCAUCGUGAUCACAAUGACUCUUCAGGUGACGAGCGUAAGCACUCUCGACGUAGGCACAAUAAGCAUGUGGAAUCUGAUGACGGUAGACGUGAGCACAAACGAACGUCCAGAAGGGACAAGAGGGUUUCAAAGUCGAGGAGAGACGUGGAAAUGGAGGAAGGGGAGGUUCAUGCUAAAUCAUCCGAUCAGUCCAAAGCAAGCGAGACUCGGAAUUCAGGCAGUAGAGAAACUUCUGUGGAGCUGUCGAAAUCUGGUCGAGACAGUGCGAAGGCAGCACCGUUGCCCGAACCCAGUCAAAAAACAGACGAUGUUCCUGACGACCUUAGAGCAAAAGUACGUGCCAUGCUUAUGGCAACCUUGUAAGCUAUCAUUUUCUAGGCAAUGGCUUCGUUCAUGGAAUGUAGCUCAAGUGUACUGCUCCCUUAUAAGUCUGUAAUCUCACGGUGCGGCACUCUUCCUAUCGGUGCUCCUCAUUGCCCUUGUUGGGAAGUUUGAUUUAUCAUAGUUUUCUGCAAUUAGCUUGCAGGAGUGUUUUUUUAAUGCAAGGGUUGGUUUUUAAAUUAGGCGCUGCUUAAGAAAUCGAGACUGAAACAUCUAUGUUCAAGAGCAACGGUAUUACUACUGGACCGAACCCUUGUUCACGUGAGCAGUGUGUUGCGAAGGGCAUCUAGUGAAUGAAUUUUAUCGAAACCUCUAGUAAUCCGGAGCACGUCGUUAU